AUGUCUCAAGUUACUAAUAAUAAUGAAAGCAGAAUAGAUUUGGAAGAUAUUCUCGAUAAAUGCAAAGUUCAAGCAAUAAAUAAUUCUGAUACAAACGAUUGUCGAGAAUGGAUAUAUGAUAAUCCUCACACAUUCGUAGCUGAAUUCCAGUUGGCAAAUCAGGAAUGGAAAAGGACCCUUGUUGGGACCACGCAUUGCUUUGGCUAUAUGGUCGGACUGUUGAUUGUUGGCCCACUUUCCGACAGAUUAGGUAGAAAAAACGCUAUAGUAGUUACAGCUGUUCUUGGAGGAGUGCUAGGUGUGGCGAGAAGUUUCUCUCCCUGGUAUUGGUUGUAUAUUGCUCUGGAAUUCCUAGAAGCUGCUAUAGGAGAUCCAGGUUCACCAGCUUAUAUCUUAAGUAAGUUACAUUGUUUAUCAAACAACUCAUCUUACUUUACACACUGAACAUUGUUCAAGUUCAGUAAAGGUCAUAAGUAUUAUAAGUGUGUUACGCCUUUUUCCACUGUUACAUAGAAUUAAAUGGUGGCUUCUUGGUCAAAGUCGCCCAAGGACUAGUUUGUCUUGUAAACUAUUAUUAAAUUAAGUUUG